GGCUCACUAGGUAUUGUACGUUACGUUAGUGCAAAAGUAAAAAGAAGGGCGUAACUAAGGGCAAGGCCACUCUCCAUCCAUCAUCACCCGCCAUCCACCUCCUCUUUCAGCUGUCUGUAGGAGCAGGGCUGUGGCGGUGGUGUUGUCUGUCCUUUCCCGUCCCAUGAGCCAUGCCUUGCUUGCCUUACCAUCCAUCCAUCCAGCGAAGCCAGCUACAUGGCCCUGGACAUCGCAAUGUCACAUCAAGGACUGGUCAUUCCAGGUUUGUGAAAGGGGGGCAAUAUGGAAUUAUACACACACACACACACACAUACAUAGCUCUGCAGCAAGUCUAGGUAUUGACACUCUCUUUGUCGUUGGGUAUCUCCAACUAGAUCUCUCUCACCUUUCCCAUACUCUACUCUACAGGACACGAAAACGAACUAGGGGCACUCUCCAAGCAGCGAAAAUACUUUUUUAUUCCUUCGCAGUUCGUGCUCCAACUCCAGCCAGGCCGUGUGCACACGGCAUGCUUGCAACCAGACAGCAGACACGUAUGGUAUAUCUAUGUACAAUGUGCCAUGCUCUGUCCUCACGUCAAUGACCGCAGCGACCCAAUCAGACCCCUAUCUACUUGUUCUGACCCCUAUAACCAGUAAUAUAUACAGAGAGAGCUGGGAUAUGGGAAACCCGACUCUCCAAAUGCAAGGUGAAGGAAAAUCUCCUGUAUCCCCGCCGAACGGUGAACCAAGCGCUGAGAAAGAAAAGAGUCUUGAAUGAGAAAGAA